CCAGCGCAGUCACAUUGAAACUGAAAGCUGUUUGAAUCAGGAAGUGCUGGGUGAUCAUGGCUUCCAAACAGCAGCUCCUGAGACUGACCGAGGAGGCAGUUUGUCCCAUUUGUCUGGAUUUCUUCAUCGAGCCGGUUACAUUGGAGUGUGGACACAACUUCUGCCGCUCCUGUAUCACCCAGAGUUGGGAAAAUAAGGAGAUAAACUCCUGCCCGGAAUGUAGAGAGGUGUUUCCGGAAAGAAACCUCAGGGUAAAUCGGGCCUUAGUGAAUCUGGCCGAAGAGGCUCGGAAAUUAAAGCUGGAUCCGAAAGAGCAGGAAAAUAAACCUCACUGUAAGAAACAUCAGAGAGAACUGGAGCUGUUUUGUGAAACUGACAAGAAAUUGAUUUGUCUGAUUUGUAGAGAUUCGCGGGAACACAGAGGGCACCGCUUCCUGCCGAUCGAUGAGGCUGUUGAAAUCUAUAAGGGUCAGCUGAAAUCCUCCAUAGAAUCGCUCACAGAGAAGAAAUCGGCAGCUUUAAAGACAGAACUGACCCAGAUACGGAAGAUUUCCGAAGUGAGGGAACAGGCGAGCAGUCUGCAGACCCACAUCACAUCCGAGUUCACUAAAAUGCACCAGAUUCUCACUGAGAAAGAGCAGCGUUUACUCAGAGAUCUCAGGGAAGAAGAGGAAAGGAUUGUAGAACCGAUAGAGAAAAACCUUCGAGAGAUUCAGGAGAAUUUAAAUUCAAUUGAGGAGGAACUUCCAAAGUUACAGAAACAGAUGGAGCAGAAAGACGAGCUGAUAUUUCUGAAGGAAGCAGCUUGUCGGAAGAGAAGGAUUAGUGAUGAUCAUCAGGAUCUCUCAAUAGCGGAUUUUGCGCUGCCUAUUGGAAAGUUCACCGGCCCUUUACAACUUACAGUCUGGAGACAAAUGAUACACGCCAUUCACCCAGCUCCAGCCUCUCUGACUCUGGAUCCGAACACAGCGCAUCCCCAGCUCAUCCUGUCUGAGGACCGGACCAGUGUGAGACUCGGAGACACAGAGCAACCGCUCCCUGACUCCCCGAAGAGAUUUGAUUCCUGGCGAUGUGUCCUGGGAUCAGAGGGAUUCACAUCAGGGAGACAUUACUGGGAGGUGGAGGUGGGGGAGAAGACCCGGUGGUAUCUGGGAGUGGCCCGAGAGUCUGUGGAGAGGAAAGGGGGGACCAUCCUGAGCCCGGAGACUGGAUUCUGGAUUGUGGGGCUGUUACCCAGAUGGGGUUAUUCAGCCGUCACCUCCCCCUCUGAGACCCCCCUCUCCCCGAGUGUGAAUCCCCGGAAGAUCGGGGUUUUCCUGGACUAUGAGGGUGGACAGGUGUCAUUUUACAAUGCGGACACCAUGUCCCAUCUCCACACUUUCACCCACACUUUCACUGGGAGGGUCUUUCCCUUCUUCAAUCCGGGAUGGAAUGACGGCGGGAAAAACUCCGCCCCGCUGACAAUCUGCGGGAUUAAAGGGCACUGACAGAUCCAUCCCAUAAUUUCACCCCGUCCCCCUGCCUACUGCCAGCUGUAAACUGAUGGGGGUCGGUCUCAGUCUGGGGGAGAGAAGGAGGGGGAGAGAAGAAACAAAUAGAAGCUCAAUUGUAGAGUGGGACUGACUGGGUAGAAUGAGCUGUGAGCUGCAGGAACCCGGGGACCUUCCUGCCUGUAAUGUUGCUCCACAGGCGGGAGGUGGUGGUACAUGACGGUGUUGGAGAUGAAUCAGUCAGUGGGUCUCAGACUGGGCUCAGUGGAGUCUUUCCAGGUGGGACACCAAAUCAUUUCCUUGAAGGGUCAGUGGAGUGUUUCUGCCUAUCCUGAGUAUUUUGACCAUUUUCUCUUCAAGUUAAUUGCUUUUUUUGACAUCAUGUUAAAGCUUUCGGUUUUUGCCAUGUUUGGAUAGUCACAUCUAGUUCAGUUUCUGGGUGUGAAGUAAGUCAGAAUCUUGCCCAGAAUGUCACACACAUGCUGGCAUUCUGAUAUAAAACUGAGAGGGAAGAAAACUUGUGUGUUUCUGCAGGUUUUAGUUCACAUUAAAGUCGAUUGUUUCAUUUACAUGGGGUGAAACUGCUGAGAAGAGUAAUUUGACAAACUAUCGUGAAUGUGACGUGUGAAUUGUUCGGUUGUGUAUGUCACGAACGGAUAAUGUAUAACCAGAGAUUAUUUUACACCAGAAUAUUAAUGGAGUCACAAUUAUCAUUUAUUUCUUGUUUAUUGAUCUGUGUUAUUACUCUGUACUUGAGUGAAACUGUCCUUAAAACACAAUCUCUGUAUCAUAAUAAUAAUUUGAGUAAUAGUGUACAAGAAUUCCUUCCUAUUUAUAACUC